AUGGAUCGACCCAAAAAGAACAACAAUGGAGUCGUGCCGAUGCGACUUUUGGCUAACUGGGACAUUGAUCGAACGGGAAAUGAUGUUGUUCAAAGGAUUUGUAAUCUGUCAGUGAAUCGUCUUCAGCUCAACACAUUUGGCACACAAAUCCAUAAUUUGGUUAUUACUGCUAAGCUGCAGGGACAUAAGCGUACGUUGAGAAGCAAUGAAAUCCCAAUAACUCCACAAAAUGGCGGUUUGGAUGUGGAUCUUGAUAUCACUUUCAAUAUACAGUAUCCACAUUUUCUGAAGAGAAAAAUCAACGUUCUUCAAUUGCUCAUACAACGACGACGCAAAUACAAGAAUCGACCAAUACCCGGAGGUUUCAAAACAUUAGCUAUAGGACUUGUUAAUUUAACACAAUUGCUUCAACAAGGGACGCUUCGAGAAAUUUUGCUUUGGAAUACUGAUGAUUUGCAAAAGGAAAACUCUCCUAACGUACAAAGCAUUGGACGCAUUAAUUUUGGUAUAUGUCAAACCCAACCACUUGACUUCGAGGUGACAACGAACAAGGAAAAAGGCUUGGGAGAACUCAGCGAGGACACGGAAUCGGAAUCGGAAGAGGAAGGCGAAGGGGCAGUUGAUAGCGAUCAUCAAGAAACACCAUCCGGUUUAAAUAGAAACAAUAACAGAAUGCGAGAAAAUCAUAUGAGGAAUAAGCUUGUUCAUCGCAAAAACUUGAAGCAGAAAAUUGUGUCACUUUUAAGGAAGUUUAAGGUGCCCGAAGAGGAAGAGACAGCUUAUCCACCAUCUGCUUCGGCAUCAGUGGCUCGUGCACCAACGGCAAAAGAACUAGAAGCAUUAUUCGAAGAAUUGGAUGAUCUGAGCGAUUCAGGGCCAGAAGGAAUGGCAGCCGACGAAGUUAGCAUUGGCUCAAAUCCACGACCAGGCUUGCAACCAUACUUUAGUAGGGAAAAACUGCCAGGACUUCCAGCAAUAUUGGACGAUCGGGUUUCUGAAAGCGAGGGCGAGCCAGAAGAAGUUGAUUGGUCAUCGGAUGCUGAGUUUCGACGAGAUCGUGUUGUUAAAGACGAAGACAUCGAAAAAAUUGCCUACAGUGAAGCUUUGCCAGGACCAGGUCUAUAUCAUCAUGUUCGUAAAAGCUCUCUUACAGACACCACUAACAAAAUCACUGCCUUACCACGUGCUUCUAUUCAACCAACAUUAAGUGAGAAGCUUGGUUCAUCAGCUUCUCGAAACACGAUCACGCAUUCUUUAACUGCCGGAAGUAUUGCUACUUCAGGCCCUUCUACUCCUAGCGCCUCAUUUUCUCGUGAAACACGUCGUGAAGGCGCACAACGAAAUGCAAGCCUGGGAGAAAACAUUUUGUCUAUGUCAGAAACGUCCAUUCUUCUUUCAACCAAUGACUGUAUUUGGAUUUAUUCUCCCAGCGAUCUUCCAAACGGUUUCUCGACUCCACUCAAGAUGAUUCCUUGUGCCACUCUUCAGUCCGUCAAAACAAUUCUUGGACAAAUUGUUCAAAAGCUUCACAAUUUUUGCAAUUCAAAUUCUUCGCGCCCUCCUCUUACAUGGAUCGGUGUUCUGGGAAAUGAUAAAUUGAUUGCUUAUGUACUACGUGCUUAUGUUGAAUUGGUUGCUCAUCGAUCAUCUUCUCCAUUCAUGUCAUCUAUUCGCUUUGCUUUAAUUCCACCACCAAACAGUCUUGUUGGACGAUUGCUUUUGGGAUUGGACUCGCAACUCGACUGUUUGAGCCGAGAUGUUUGGGAAAGAUGCGGAGAUAUGAAUCAAAUUGAUUUGAAAAUUCUAUGGGAACGCGUAGAAGGUUGGCCUAAAAGUAAUACAUCAGGAUGCGUCAACUUACCUAUUGGCGAGGCUCUGCUACAGAUGCCUGAGAAAGAAGGCCAGUCGGUUGACUCAUCACGUUUAUUUGUCCCAUUUUUGGCAGAGGUUCGAGUUGGACAACAAGAUAGCGAAAUUGAAGGAUCGGAUUCGGCAGUAAACAGUCCAAGGGAAAUUGAAAAAGAGUCCGCCUCUCCUCAAUCCAUCUUCCUUUCUGGAUCACCACCAGCAAGCCCUCAAAAUCGUCAUGAAACGCAAGAGAUGCACGUAGAAUAUUGGCUUGGACAAAACUCUCAGGAGUUCGGCUUGAGUUCUCUGGUUUCGAGUAGUACAACAGCGCAGCCAUUGACUCCGAUCACCAAAAAAGAAGGAAAAGGAUCCUUGAAAACCAAUUUCAGAACGUUGUUAAUUACUCGAGCUUGCGCUCAACCGUUGCUUUCGUUGACUUUUGUUAAAGAAAAGCGAAAGGAAAAAAUGCUUCACAAAUUAGGAAUGAAAAAUCGUCAGAAAAGUGAAAAUGAAAAUCCGCCAGUUCAAGUGGGGAAUCUGUCUCGACUUUUGUGUAGCGGAACGCAGAAAAACAGUCAGCUACUGGUUUGCGUUGAUGGACAAAUGUUUCCUUCGGUUCGUUUCUUUCAAACAUCAUCUCAAUGGCCUACUCACGUUCGAGCUCUUCCAGUUGCCCUUCUUUCUCCCAUACCCAGUUUGUCUUGC